CAAGUAAUAUUGUACGGCGGUGGCGCGUUCUGUCUAGAUGACAAAUGCUAUAGCAUAUUAUUGAGAGAAAUAACAAACUUUAUUUACGCGAUAGAGCCAGCAGGUCGAGUGUCUCCAAAAUUCCCGAAAAUGGCAAAGAUAAAUUCCUUUGAAGUGGCGAAUGAUGCUGAAAUCAGUUUAUUGUGCGAUGCACAGGCAUUUCCUGCUCCUGCAUUUAGAUGGUACAAGUUCAUCGAGGGUACGUCGAGGCGUCAGCCGGUCCAGCUGAAUGAGCGCGUACGCCAAGUCAGCGGCACCCUGAUCAUCCGUGAGGCCCGAGUCGAAGAUUCCGGUAAAUAUCUCUGCAUCGUCAACAAUUCCGUCGGCGGCGAAAGUGUGGAAACCGUUUUGACCGUAACGGCACCGCUGACCGCGGAGAUCGAGCCCAGCACGCAGACUAUCGACUUUGGAAGACCAGCGACCUUCACUUGCACCGUGCAGGGCAAUCCGAUCAAGACCAUCUCCUGGCUCAAGGAUGGAAAGCCCCUUGGAUUGGAAGAUCGCGUGUUGAGGAUCGAAAGCGUGAAGAAGGAGGACAAGGGAAUGUACCAAUGCUUCGUUAGAAACGAUCAGGAAAGUGCGCAAGCAACGGCAGAAUUAAAGCUUGGUGGAAGAUUCGAGCCGCCGCAGAUCCGUCAAGCUUUCGCCGAAGAGACUCUUCAGCCCGGACCGAGCAUGUUUUUGAAGUGUGUUGCCAGCGGGAAUCCCACCCCCGAAAUUACCUGGGAACUCGAUGGAAAACGGUUGUCGAACACCGAGAGACUGCAAGUGGGACAAUACGUCACGGUCAAUGGUGAUGUCGUGUCCCAUCUGAAUAUUUCGAGCAUUCAUACCAAUGAUGGUGGUCUCUACAAGUGCAUCGCUGCAUCAAAGGUUGGAUCUGCCGAGCAUUCUGCCCGUCUCAACGUUUAUGGUUUGCCGUUCAUUCGUCACAUGGACAAGAAGGCCAUCGUUGCUGGCGAAACCUUGCGAGUCACUUGUCCUGUUGCUGGAUAUCCGAUCGAAAGCAUCGUUUGGGAACGAGACACCAGGGUCCUGCCGAUCAACAGAAAGCAAAAGGUCUUCCCGAAUGGCACACUCAUCAUCGAGAAUGUUGAACGAAUGAGCGACCAGGCAACCUACACCUGCGUGGCACGCAAUGCACAAGGUUACAGCGCACGUGGAACACUGGAAGUUCAAGUCAUGGUCGCACCGCAACUGGCGCCUUUCACCUUCGGUGACGAAGCUGCCAAUGCGGGGGAGAUGGCGACCGUUCAAUGCGCCGUGAUAAAAGGCGACCUGCCUAUCGAUAUAACCUGGUCGUUUAACGGGCGUCCAAUUUCUCGAGAUCAUCCCGACAUAUCGAUAGUUAGUACCGGCAAGCGCGUCAGCCUGCUUACGAUCGAUGCUGUGACGGCGCGCCACGCCGGGGAAUACACCUGCACAGCUAGCAACGUUGCUGGUGGGACGAGUUAUUCCGCAUCACUUGCCGUGAACGUACCGCCUCGUUGGAUCCUGGAGCCUACCGAUAAGGCAUUUGCUCAAGGAUCUGAUGCACGAGUGGAAUGCAAAGCCGACGGAUUCCCCAAGCCUCAGGUCACAUGGAAGAGAGCUGCUGGGGAUACGCCGGGAGAUUAUACCGACUUGAAAUUGAGCAACCCUGACAUUAGCGUGGAAGAUGGUACCCUCUCCAUUAACAAUAUACAAAAGACGAACGAAGGCUAUUAUCUUUGCGAGGCUGUUAACGGAAUUGGAUCCGGCUUAUCAGCUGUUAUUCUCAUUUCGGUUCAAGCUCCCCCGCAAUUCGAAAUUAAACUAAGAAAUCAGACGGCUCGUCGUGGAGAACCAGCUGUAUUGCAAUGCGAGGCGCAAGGGGAGAAACCAAUCGGCAUUUUAUGGAACAUGAACAACAAGAGAUUGGAUACAAAGACCGAUUCUCGUUACACUAUUCGCGAAGAGAUCUUGGCCAACGGAGUGCUGUCCGACCUGAGCAUCAAACGAACCGAAAGGAGCGAUUCUGCCUUGUUCACUUGCGUAGCCACAAAUGCCUUCGGUAGCGAUGAUACUAGCAUUAACAUGAUUAUACAAGAGGUGCCGGAAGUUCCGUAUGGUCUCAAAGUGUUGGAUAAAUCAGGACGUUCGGUGCAAUUGUCGUGGGCCUCACCUUACGACGGAAAUAGCCCGAUCAAGCGAUACGUUAUCGAGUACAAGAUCAGCAAGGGCUCCUGGGAGACUGAUAUUGACCGAGUGCUCGUACCUGGCUCGCAACAGAACGUAGCCGGUGUGUACAAUCUAAGACCCGCGACCACGUAUCACCUACGAAUCGUCGCUGAGAACGAAAUUGGCACAUCCGAUCCGUCUGACACGGUCACCAUUAUCACCGCAGAGGAAGCACCUACCGGUCCGCCAAGCUCCAUCAAAGUGGAUGCUCUUGAUCAGCAUACGCUCAAGGUAACAUGGAAACCGCCUCCGCGCGAGGACUGGAACGGUGAGAUUCUCGGCUACUACGUUGGAUACAGACAGUCGUCGGACAAACCGUACAUGUUUGAGACCGUCGAUUUCUCCAAGGAGGACAUAAAGGAGCAUCACUUGCAGAUCGCGAAUCUCAAGACUUACACUCAGUACGGCGUGGUCGUUCAGGCAUUCAACAAGGUCGGCUCCGGGCCGAUGAGCGAGGAACGCCGACAGCACACCGCAGAAGGCGUUCCCGAGCAACCGCCCCACGACACCACCUGCACGACCCUCACCUCCCAAACUAUCAGAGUGUCCUGGGUGUCGCCGCCACUCAGCGCGGCCAACGGCGUUAUCACCGGCUACAAAGUCAUCUACGGACCGUCCGACACGUGGUACGACGAGAAUACGAAGGACACCAAGAUCACGUCUUCCAGCGAGACCAUCCUGCACGGUCUCAAGAAGUACACCAACUACAGCAUGCAAGUUCUCGCUUUCACAUCCGGCGGAGACGGCGUUAAGUCCGCACCGAUUCACUGCCAGACUGAGCAGGAUGCACCCGAAGCUCCCAUCGCUAUCAAGGCUCUAGUCAUGUCCACGGAAUCCAUUCUUAUCUCAUGGCGUCCGCCCAGCCAGCCUAACGGAGUUAUAUCUCAGUAUACCGUUUACACAAAAGCGGACAACGCAGAGGAGCCGACCAGCCAGAAAGUACCGCCGAACCAAUUAACUCACGAAGCAUCUGGCUUAGAUAAACAACGUAGAUACGAAUUUUGGGUGACCGCUAGCACGAACAUAGGCGAAGGUGAAGCUUCCAAGGUUGUAGCCUUAGCGCCAAGUGUUCGAGUACCGGCCAAGAUAGCAUCGUUUGACGACAAAUUCACCGCAACAUACAAAGAGGACGUCAAGCUGCCGUGUCUCACUGUCGGCGUACCCGCACCGGAAGUAACAUGGAAAGUACGAGGCGCUACUCUUCAACCGAGCGACCGACUGAGGCAAUUACCCGAGGGAUCGCUAUUCAUCAAGGAAGUCGACCGCGCGGACGCCGGAGAAUAUUCUUGUUAUGUGGAAAACUCUUUUGGACACGACACCGUGACUCAUCAGCUGGUCGUAAACGCACCUCCGCACUCGCCGCAAGUCACCCUCACCGCUACCACUACCAACUCUUUGACGAUGAAAUUGCGUCCUCAUCCCAAUGAUAAUGCACCGAUUCACGGCUAUACAAUCAGUUUCAAACCCGAGUUUGGCGAUUGGGAAACCGUUCAGAUUAGUUCCACAGUGCAGAAAUAUACUCUCGAGAAUCUGUGGUGCGGUUCUCGAUAUCAGAUCUUUGUCACAGCUUAUAACGGAAUUGGAACCGGCGAUGCUUCGGACAUUCUGAACACGCGCACGAAGGGUUCCAAACCAAUCAUCCCCGAAGCUGCGAAAUUCAUCGAGGUAUCCACGAAUAGCAUCUCCCUGCACUUGAGCACCUGGUCGGACGGUGGCUGCCCCAUGUUGUACUUCGUUGUUGAACACAAGAAGAAGCUGCAACAGGAAUGGAAUCAGGUCUCGAACAACGUCAAGCCGGGCGGUAACUUCGUAGUAUUGGACCUGGAUCCCGCAAGCUGGUACCAUUUACGCGUUACGGCUCACAAUAAUGCCGGUUUCGCCGUGGCCGAGUACGAAUUCGCGACUUUGACGGUGACUGGCGGCACCAUUGCACCGGCCCGCGAGCUACCGGACGAGAACGGUGGUGGCAACGACGAAGAUCCGAUAAAAAUUUUCUUGGCAAACUUAAAUCUGGUCGUACCCGUGGUAGCAGCUAUACUCGUCAUAAUCGUUGCCGUCAUCGUGAUCUGCGUUCUCAGGGGAAAGGGUCACAAUAGCGAUAAAGACGACGUAGUCUAUCAGCAAACCGGAGUUGGCGGUGCUACCCUGGACAAACGUAGAUCCGAUCUCCGCGACGAACUGGGAUAUAUCGCGCCACCGAAUCGCAAGCUUCCACCUGUUCCCGGCUCGAAUUACAACACCUGCGAUCGUAUCAAGCGAGGUACAGUUAUAAGUAAGCCACAACUGCCAACACUUACCUUUUGUGGAACUGGCUCGAUAAGGAGUCACUCGACGUGGGAUCCGAGGCGACACAUGUAUGAGGAAUUGAGUCACUACGCGCCCAACAGGAGAUGCCCACCGCCACCACGUUUGGGCAGCGCGGACGGUCUUUCGCACAGAGGCAUGGAGGAUGAGAUCUGCCCGUACGCUACCUUCCAUCUAUUAGGAUUCCGCGAGGAAAUGGACCCGAGCAAAGCUAUGCAAUUCCAGACCUUCCCGCAUCCAGGCAACGGCCAUUCUGGCACUAUGGGACCACCCGUAGGACAUCCGACCAACGCUUCUGCUCAUAGCCGCUCUGGAUCUCAGUCUAUGCCUCGUCAAAACGGCCGCUACUCUCGAGUGCCAUCCCAAGGAGGCGGCAGCGGCACGCACAAUGUCUUCUCACCCGAGUACGACGACCCGGCUAACUGCGCUCCCGAGGAAGACCAGUACGGGUCGCAGUACGGGUCACAGUACGGCGCACCGUACGAUCACUACGGAUCUCGCGGAUCGGUCGGACGUCGCAGCGUAGGCUCGGCUCGCAACCUUCCCAUCUCCGGCUCGCCGGAACCGCCACCACCGCCACCGCGGAACCACCAGGAUCAGAACAACUCCAGCUUCAACGACAGCAAGGAGAGCAACGAGAUCAGCGAGGCCGAGUGUGAUCGCGAUCAGCUUGUCAACCGCAACUACGGCGUGAAUGCUCGCGGCAAGGACGGCAUGACCACCGAGGAGAUGCGUAAACUCAUAGAGAGAAACGAAGCUCCCGGCCGGCAAACCGGCGGCCCCCACGGCGGUCACGGGGGACUCCUCACACCCUACGAUACUGUGGCAGUGUAACCUGUAAAUCGUCAUCUUCCGUGAUCUUCCGCCUCUCUCGAUAGCCGGCGGCCGCGAGGAAAGCAGCCGAGAGACGCGGAAAUGAAGCGCACGUCAACUCUUCCCCCGGUGCUGUCGUCGGUCCAAUUUGCAACGAUUUACGAUAGAAAUUAGAGACGUCGUCGCGAGUAGAUAGAUUCGAUUUACCGUGUAAGGUGUACGCGUAUCGAUAUCAUCUCGAGAUCGUGAUUACGGACGAGGAUAACCCGCAGAGCCCGCCUCGCGAAAUGGGACCGCCUCCUUCGCCCCUCGCGACUAUAUCACGCGAUUUUCCUCUCACUCUCUUUCGCCUCUCCGGCCUUCCGCUCUUUUCCUUGUACUUCCUCGGGUACGUUCGUUUUACAUUUGAUCCUGAUAGGGGAAGGCCAAUUCUCGAAACUGCCUUGCUUUUGAUAAACCUUUUUCGGACCAGUUCAGUCGAUUACGCACAUCCCAGGGAAGGCCAGAAUUCUUAAGACUGUCUGUAUCUACUGCCCUUACUGCGAAGGAGGCACAGCGAUUCGUGAGGUCAGCCACGCUUCGUUCGUAAACUCUCUUACGAGAACUCCUGGAACUCCUCGCGCGCACGUUCGAUUACACCGUCUGAAGUUUUUUUCUUAUAUCGAUACUGACUGGUCGAAAACAAAAAAUUAUUUGUGUUUUGAUCGCGUGUCUUCCUCGAUGAUGCGUGUCCGAACUUAUUAAUUAAUUACAAUCCUUCUGUCUAUCUUUGCACGCACGACGAAAUAUUUCGAUUACCGGAGAUAUUGAGGAGAAUUUGAAUCUUUCUCGCGCUAUCGUCGAACGUGCACGCGGGAAUUCGAGGCUCGAGAGAUACUGCCGCGAGAGACUUGUCCUGUAGGAAGGCGAACACAGCCGUCGGAAGUCGUGUGUUCGUGGACGCUCAGCCGCGGCAGAGACGCGGCCCCGCGAUGGUGCUCUCGGCGACGGUGGAUUUUAACGGGGGUCUUCUUGAUACAUAUAUAUAUCCAGGAUAUAAUCCUAGGUUACAUUCGCCGCAGGAGUUGCGUAAUAAAUGGGGGAGGAAAAAAAAGGAAAGGAAAACCGACAUAUACACGCGUAUACAUGAGAUUAGUUGGUCGCUUUUUAAGUCAUGGUUGUGCCACACUGCCGCUCGACCUGCGGGCGUACGAUAUAUAGAUAACAUACGUACACAUAUACUAUA